AUGCCCUUCUUCCACAAAAACAAAUCGCAGCCAUCAAUCCCAGAAGUUUUUGAGACGGGUGGUGUGAACAACAACCUCUCGCGGACCACUGAUACUCGCCUACCUGUCCACCAUCCAUUGGCGACUCCCGGCAACCAAACGCAGCAGCUGCCCUAUCCGUUUUCUAAUGAACAAGUGGUACCAGCAUUACAAACACAGCAGCACUACGAAGAGAGCUAUACCCACCCUGCCCACACUGUCAGCAGAUUUAGUCGCGAUCCGCCAGAUUCACCACCAGCAUCUUCCCAUCAAAGGGUGGCUAGACCAGCACUCAACCUCGUUUCCACUUCUAGUUUGGGGCUAGGCAGCUCAUCGGAUCUCAGCUCGGCUGAGCCUUCUUAUACCCCACUUAGCUCAGAGGCAUCUCCCUCAGUGGAAUCGCAUUCUCGAAAGCUAAGGAAAACACUGUUUGGGUUAACAUCAAAGGAUAAAAACAAAGAUAAAGACUCUUCGUUGCGAAGUUCAAGGCUUGGGCGUACUCUGUCCGUCAGGCGCAAAAGUCCUGGACGAGUGCCCCCGGUGCAACAGGUACCUAGCGAGCGUCUUUUUGACCCAGAACUGGAGCCUAAAGAGGAGCAACUUGCGGAUAACAACCGUAUGCCUUUACGUUUGAAGAGGACUCCGCACGCAGUUUCCCCCUCUCCUUCCUUGGUAGAACGAUCUUCAAACAUCGAGCCCCAACCAUUCGAGCCCCCUAGAAUCCAACGCGUAAACACCGAGCCUUUCACCCGUGAUUGCUAUCCACAGGAACUCAAUUCAGGGCCGCCACAUCCUCAAUUGCAAAUUGACAAAGGUCAUCUGCACCAGCCAACCAAUCAAGUAGGAGGCCCACAUACCUUUUUGGACCAUACAACGGCUGCUCGUAGCCAAUCUCCACAGUCAGACGCACACAAUACGACAAGACCGCCUUCACAGCAGUCUAUUGGCCCUCCUUCUCCUCUAAACCCUCAGUACCAGUGCCCUGAAUCUAACCCGCAAAAGUUUCAUUUUCGACAAUCUCUUCAACCGCCAGUCGGGCAAGGUUCAGCGCAAAUUGGAAUGGACAGACAAGCUGGCCUAAGGCAAUCUACGGAUUCCAUGCUAACAGGGCAAAACAGCCAGCCGCCAACUUUAACUCCUGGCUCAAGUUUCAAAGGAAACCUGUCACAAGCUAGUUCUAAUGACUUGGAACGGACCAAUCCGCCCUUGCCGCCGGUGAAAGACCGCGAGGAUUUUUCCGAUAUUGAUGUUCGUGCAUUAAUACAGAAACACGAAGAGCUCCAAGCAAAGUAUAUCAAAGUAAAAAGAUAUUACUUUGAAAGAGAGGCACAAGUACAGCAGCUUCAAAAUACAGUUGCUCAUCAGCGAAUGUCUACCUCCCGAACUGUUUUCGAUGACAAUGAAUAUUCCACGCGCUUCAGUCGGCUCGAUGGCGCUAUUAACAACCUUGCAUUCAACAUUCGUAAAGACUGGAAAAGCAUUCCACAAUGGCUCCAGCCAGUGGUAAAUGAGGACGCGUAUAUCGUGGGCACAAAGGAGAUGACGGCUGUUGGGCGUGCGUGUCUCACUCGUUGGCUAGUAGAUGAGUUGUUUGACAGGUAUUUUCACCCUAGCUUGGAGCCAACAUUGAGUCGGCAGUUGAAAAUGAUUGAACGGAACGUGAGACAAAUGGCAAAGGCCACCACUGAAGAAGAAAAAGAGAAUCACGUAGCUAAACUUUCGACAUGGCGUCGCACAACUCUUGAUGGCCUUGAACAGGUAUUGACUGGAAAAUUGGCGGAGGAUCACCGUUCCACCCUCACUAGAAGCCUUGUUGAGAAACUCACGGCUAGCCUGGGGAUGAAUUUGAAAGAUCCCGCCCCACCAGGCCUUGAAAAUGGAGUUUCCAUGAUCGUUGAGCUGGCUGUUGGAAUUGCAGCAAACAUACCCCUCGAAUCCAGGGACGUCCUAGUGGAAUAUUUCCUACCUGGAGCCCCGGUUGCCGAAUCUCAUAUGAAGCUUGAAACAACGCUGCCACCUCUCACAAAUAUUCCACCAGAAAGCCGUCUUAGCUCUGAACCCUCGUCGGCGGCGGCAGAUCGUGGCGACCAGACGUCACUCAAGGAAUUUGUGCUGGAUAAUUUUACGGUCGAUGGAGAAAACGUCAAGGAUGCAACUUCAAGCAAUUCAUCUUACGCCAAAGAAGGCCGAAAGAAAUCUGUCUUCGGAUCCCUGAUAUCAAAAAAGCCUCAUCCGACUGCGAGCCAGAUCAUACCUGAGCCGAGUCGACAAAGCUCAUCCUUAAUGCGAGAUGGAAAGGAACGAAAUGAAGUGGAUAAAGACGACACGAUGCGCAUUCGGUUUGCAGCUUUCGUUGCAGUAGAGAUCCGCAGUAAGGGUGUAGGUACUGUUCUUGUCAAAGCCCCUGUCUAUGGUCUUGUAUAA